AUGUUGGAGGCAGAUGGGCAGCUCAACCCUCUUGCAACAAGAGCAGGCAACCUUGUGCUUGCUUGCUUUGUUGUUGUAUAUUCUCAGUAUUUCUCAUCAAUAUUAUUCAAUCAGUAUCAGAAGUUGUACAUCAUCCCUGCCAUUAAUGACUACUGGAAAGAACACAAACAGAAAUGUUGGAAAGAAAGAGAGAACAAAGAGGACCAGGUUAUAUUGAGUGGUGAUGGAAGGAAUGACUCGCCUGGCCAUAGUGCACAAUAUUGUACUUACAGCUUGGCUGAUACCAAUGAUCGUGCCAUACUGCAAAUGAAUGUGGUUGAUGUGAGAGAAGCUGCUGGUAAGAGCAAUAAUAUGGAGAGGAUUGGGUUUGAAAAAAAGAUGGACACACUGCUUGCACCACCAAUAGUUAUGAAGGAGGUGGUAACUGAUGGUCAUAUUGAAAUUGCUGCAUUGAUGAAAAGGGAAGAGAAAUAUAAGGAGGUCACACAUCAGAAUGAUGUGUGGCAUGGAGCAAAGAACAUUGCAAGGAAAAUCACUACUGCUGCUAAAUCUAAAGACAAUGCAGAUUUGACCUUGUGGGCACCAUCAAUAAGGAACCAUUUUUGGUAUUGUUCAAAAACAUGUGCUAAUGACUCAAAAAAUCUCAAAGAUAAGUGGAUUGGUAUUUUACACCAUGUUGUUGAUGAGCAUGAGUGGGUGUUGGAGGAAGGUGUAAAUGGUGGAAAAUGUGAACAUGAUCCUCUUAAUGAAAGUGAGAGAAAGAAGCCAUGGCUUAAGAAAGAGUCUUCUGCCAAUAAAGCACGGGCAAAGAUCAUUCUGGACACUCGCUUUUUAAACACUUUGGUGUAUUAUGUUAACUUCAGAAACCAGCUUGCUGCCUUGGACUUUAACCACCACAGAGGCCGAGCACCAGCAACUACAGCUGAUGGGAAAGAAAGGUACGGUCGGAAGUUCAGUAAGCGUACACAACAGUGGUGCCGUGUUCGUGUUCUUGUACCAAAAGAAUUUAGUUACAUUCCUGAACUGAUUGAGGUUUUUAUAAAGAGGAUCACAUCAGAUUGUGGUUUAUUUUGGUCUACUUUUUGGGGGCACCAUUUAUACUUUAAGUGCUAAAUUAUCUAAACACGUGCAGGCAAAUAUCCCCUGUACUGUCCAUUAGGUGAAGGAUAACGGUUACGAAUAGCAACCACACAACAGCUUGGUACUACUCUCCUAUUUCCUCUUCCUAAUCUACCAUGUUGCCAUAGAACAUACUGUCUAUAUGCAGCAUGG